CGGGGCUGUUGGAGGAGGAGGAGGAGGAGGAGGAGGAGGAAGAAAAGGAAAAGGAGGAGGAGGAGGAGGAGGAGGAAGCAUCUGCGCGGCUGUAGCAGCCACACUCCGAAAUGCCCAAUGAAACAGUUUAAGCGGACACAACUCACAGCCAUUGACUGCCGACACUUGGCACAAAGCAGGGAAGGCUCGCUUUCUCUGACCCAGCCCUUAAAUCGAAGGUGGACAAGUAGAGAUCUGAACUGGAGACUCUAUCCUAAACGAGGAAAAGGAAACAGAGCACAGGCAUUUCAAAGACGAAUGACAGAUUUCUUCCCAGUUAGGCAACGAUCAUGCAGUAACAUGGCCCAAAGUGGCUCCACUGAUGAAAAUAAUACUGCUGCUGAUGAAAUGGCCAUUGCUUGUGCUUUGCCUCAGGAACCUGAAAGGGAAUCUAAAGUAGCUUCUUUGGGAUCUAUUGUGACUUCUAGGAAGCGAUGUCUUUCCUUUGACCAAGAAGGAAACCAAGUCACAGGAAGAAGCCAAUGUGGUGGUGUUGCUAAGAAAAAUCUCAAGGACCAAUCCACAGAUCUUGGGGAAAUGAAAUGGGAAAUGAAUUGUUUAUUCCAAGUCCCAAUGGAUCCCGGACAGAUUAAGCAAGAAGAUGAGGAAAAUGGCCCUGAACCUGACCCUUACUAUGGGCUUCUUGGAAACUUGCCUUGUCAGGAGCCCCAGAGCCACAUUUGUAGUCUUCCCAGUGAAGUCCUGAGGCACAUCUUUGGUUUUAUCCCUAUGGAAGAUCUGUAUAAGAGCCUCAGCCUGGUGUGCCACCUUUGGAGGGAGAUUAUCAGUGACCCACUGUUUAUUCCUUGGAAAAAGCUGUACCAUCGUUACCUGAUGAAUGAGGCACAAGCUGUCAGUGAAGUGGAAAAUAUCCUUUUGAACUAUGCCAUAUCAAAGGAGGAGAACCUGUGUAUGCUGAACUUGAUACGAUACACAGUUGGUACCAAAUAUGUUCAACAUGUCAAUCCUGAAGAGGCAAGGUGUUGCCUGAAGGAUCAUCCUCUCUUUCCUCAAGCAGAGGCAUGCCUUCGUCACAAGAUGCUUGAUUUAUACAGUGCUCCCGGGGGUAUCAGUGUAUGGGCCUUAAUAGCGAUGAUCAUACUUCUGUCCAGCACUAUGAGUGACAUUCAGAGGCUGUUAUCCUGUUUCAAGAGGCCCACGUCCCCGGUGACCAUAUUAGACAUCACUGAGACUCUGUACUGUAUGGCUGUACUGCUGCAUGCCAUGAGAGAGAAGGGGAUUAAGAUUAGCAACAGGAUCCAUUACAAUAUCUCCUGCUGCCUAUACCUUCAGGAGAACUCGAGAUUUCAGGCCAUGGGCGUCACAGAGGAAGCCCGCACUUAUCAAGGGAAAAAAGUGACCAUUCAGCUAACACACGAACAGCAAAAGAUCCUGAACCAUGAGAUCAAACCUCUCCAGGUGGUGAAAAUUAUGGCUUUUGCAGGCACUGGAAAGACCUCAACCCUAGUCAAAUAUGCUGAGAAGUGGUCUGACAGAAAAUUUCUCUAUGUGGCAUUCAACAAGAGUGUUGCAAAGCAGGCUGAACAAGUGUUCCCAAGCAAUGUUACCUGCAAAACUUUUCACUCCAUGGCCUUCAGAGACAAAGGGAGACUGUACCAGUUAGGGAAGAAACUGAAUCCUUUCAAGCUCACACCCUUCAUGGUCAACUCUGUCCUUUCAGAAGGAAAAGCAGGGUUCACAAGGGCCAAAUUAGUAUGCAAGACCUUAGAAAACUACUUUGCCUCUGCUGAUGAAGAUUUGAACAUUGAACAUGUGCCCUUGUGGUGGAAGAACAGUCAGGGACAGAAGGUCAUGGUAGAUCACAGUGAAAAGCAGAAUGGUGCAUAUGAAGCAGCUAGACUUUGGGAGAACAUGAAAAAGUUGGAAGAAUGCAGAGAAGAGGCAUAUCAUAUGACUCAUGAUGGCUAUUUGAAACUUUGGCAACUUAGCAAGCCUUCUUUUGGUGCUUAUGAUGCCAUCUUUGUGGAUGAGGCCCAGGACUGUACUCCAGCCAUCAUAGACUUAAUUCUAUCCCAGUCAUGUGGAAAAAUCUUUGUAGGGGACCCACACCAACAGAUCUACACCUUUCGUUAUGCUAUUAAUGCCCUUUAUGCAGUGCCACACACACAUCUCUUCUAUCUCACACAGAGUUUUAGGUUUGGUGCUGAAAUUGCUUAUGUGGGAGCCACUAUCUUGGAUGUUUGCAAGAAAGUCAGGAAGAAGACUUUGAUUGGAGGAAACCAAAAGAGUAUCAUUAGAGGUGGUUCAGAAGGACAAGUUGCCUUGCUGUGCAGAACCAACGCGAGCGUGUUUGAUGAAGCAGUACGGGUGACAGAAGGGAAAGCUCCCUCAAGAAUAUAUUUGAUUGGGGGAACUAAAUCAUUCGGAUUGGACAGAUUCAUUGAUAUUUGGAUCCUUCUUCAGUCAGAUGAGGAGCAGAAGAAACAAAAUCUUUCUAUCAAGGACAGAUUCAUCCGGAGGUGGGUACACAAAGAUGGCUACGGGGGCUUAAAAAGGUAUGCUGUUGCUGCUGAAGACAAGGAACUGAUGGCAAAGAUUGCAGUGGUUGAAAAGUACAAUGUCCGGAUCCCAGAACUGGUGAAAAGGAUUGAGAAGUGCCAUGUAAAUGAUGUAGCAUUUGCAGAAUAUGUUUUGGGCACCGUUCAUAAAGCCAAAGGCUUGGAGUUUGACACAGUUCAGAUUUUGGAUGAUUUUGUAAAAGUUCCUUGUGGCAGGCAUAACCUUCCACAGAUUCCUCACUUCAGAAUUGAGUCAUUUCCUGAUGAGGAGUGGAAUUUGCUGUAUGUUGCAGUGACUCGUGCCAAGAAAUGCCUCAUCAUGACUAAGUCAGUGGAAAACAUUUUAACUCUGGCUGGGGAGUACUACUUUCAAGCAGAGCUAACCAGAGAUGUCUUAAAAAGUGGAGAGGUACUUUGCUGUGUGAGGCAGUGCAAUAACAUUAUUCCUGCAGAGACUAUCCUCACCAUGAAGAAAUUUCCCAUUAUUUAUAGUGGCAAAAAGGAAGACAAAGGUGGCUACUUCUGCCAUGCUUGUGCAGAGCAGCGUGUUGGGCCUCUAACAUUCCUGACAGCCUCACCAGAGCUAAUAUUCUCUAUGGAACAUACCUUUGAAGAACUGGAGCUGCCUAGACAUGAAGCUCAGCUUUUCAUUGUCUUUUGAAAACCAAGGCAAAGCUGCUCAUCGGUAUGGAACUCUUUGUGAUUAAGUUUCCUGGAGAGAAGAAUGUGAGAGUUGGGGUGGGGAAGACCAGCCUCUCACCACACCUGAUGUUUGUGAAUCCAUGGAAGAUCAACCUCAGUGGUUACUGGAGUCCUCAGCUCCUGAACUUGGAGUUUUCUAGUGUUGGGACUGUUUUCUGUUUUUAUACAUAGGCUCAGGGGUGUGUUUGAUUCUUUCCAACCAGUUCCAAGAUGUUCCUGUCUGGUACCAUUUGCCUUCAUCCAGUGGCCAAAGCCCUUAUAAUAGUCUAUGAUUAAUUCAGUAUAUAUUCAUCCAUUUGUAGGACAGUUUCUUAAAACCUCUUCCUGUUGAUGAUUCUUGGAUUCAUUCAAAAGCAUUCCCACCUGAUAGAUAUCAGGUUUCUGAAUUCAUUUUGUUUACUCAUUAAAGCCUAAUAAUGUCUGUUAA